AUGUUACCUGCAAUCGGCCCAGUGAGUAGAGUGUCCAGCAUUCCAAUUGCACCAACAAGUUGUUCUCGAAUUCGGAGUAGCAAAUCAUUUUUCUCGAGCGUACCAGUUGGUACUGCAGUUGGUAAUACAUUAGGCACUUCAGCUGGCAUUGCAGUUGGCAAUCCACUUGCACUUGGUACUUCGAUUGGCAUUGUGGUUGGUGAAUCGGUUGCAUCAGGUACUUUAGUUAUACGUGGUACUUCAUUGGUACUUGCAUUUGGUGCUUCAUCUGUAAUUGGCGUUUCACUUGUUCUUUCAGUUUUAUUUGCAACGUCAGUUAGAUCGCUUAUUUCCGUUGUAUUUAAGGAUUCUGAAAUGAAGCGAAGUCAAAUGGCGAUUUAA